UGCGCCGCGCCCGCGCUCCCGGCCAGACGGAGGCAGCUAGUGGUCGCCCGAGAGGGUGGCGGGGCGGCCCGGAAACAGUCCGUGGCCGCGGUUCCCGGGAGCUGACGAGGUGUCCUCCACGGUGCAGAGGAAAUGCAGCCUCAGAGCGAUUCCAUAUUCCAGGCAGUUCAAAGAAUUCUGAACCAUAAGCUGAGCUUAGUCCCAGACCUGGAAUGGCCAAAUAUCAAGGUGAAGUUCAAAGUUUGAAACUGGAUGAUGACUCAGUCAUAGAAGGAGUAAGUGACCAAGUACUUGUGGCAGUUGUGGUCAGUUUCGCUUUGAUUGCUACCCUGGUAUAUGCACUUUUCAGAAAUGCACAUCAAAACAUUCACCCAGAAAACCAAGAGCUAGUAAGGGUGCUUCGGGAACAACUUCAAACAGAACAGGAUGUGCCUGCCACCGCCCGACAGCAGUUCUACACUGACAUGUACUGUCCAAUCUGUUUACAUCAAGCUUCCCUCCCUGUUGAAACAAACUGUGGCCAUCUCUUUUGUGGUACCUGCAUUAUUGCAUACUGGCGAUACGGUUCAUGGCUUGGGGCGAUCAGUUGUCCAAUCUGCAGGCAAACGGUAACUUUACUCCUAACAGUAUUUGGUGAAAAUGACCAGUCUCAGGACGCAAUAUCACUGCAUCAGGAUGUUAAUGAUUAUAAUCGGAGAUUCUCAGGGCAGCCCAGAUCUAACACUUCUUAAUAGAAGAACAAACAAGAUGUUAAGACAACAGCACACCUGAUGUCAUCAUCAGUUAUGACAUUUCAAGGCUUUGAUCCUUUCAUAGGAAUAGUAUAUACCAGUCACCGUAAAGGGGCUUUUCCCCAGGCACCUGAGUGAUACUGUAGACACAUAGAGUUUGGUCCGUUCCUGAGGGCAGUGGGUUUUCAUGGCUGUGAGCACUAGGAUGACUGGUGAGCUGUAGCAGAAUGGACAGAUGAGGUUAAUUUUCUCUUGUCAGAAAACUUCUGUAAUACUGUCCCUAGAUGGCGAAAUCUAGCCCACAUUCAUCAUACCUUUGCAGAAGGAGGCAAUUCAGUAGGAAAGCAAUCUUGGUUUUUGCAGGACUGUAGCGUAAGAAUCUGACACUGUCCUGUAGUUUUCUGUUUGAGAAGAAACAAAACCGCAAGUAUUAAGAAUGCUUAACUCCCUCAGCUGGGAGUGACCUGGGCAGCAGGGAGCAGGGUGGUCAUGGUCCCCAUGGGGGCCUGUCCACUCACGUACCAGCAAGCCUUUCUGUGGACAGAUGGGGAGAAAACGCAGAUCUGUGACAGUCAUCCAUCUUAUCAGGCCGCCAUCAAUUAAUGAGACGCUGAAUGAAACGCCAAUAAUAGUGGCCUAAGACAAAGCUGCUGCUUGUCAUAGAGAAAAACGAAAUUCUUCAGUAUAGCACAUUGUAAUUAAAGCAAUUUCUGGCAUACUUUUCCUUUUAUCCUCAAGACAGUUAUGUGAAGAAGGCAGGGCAGUACCUAUAGAAUCCCUGAUAGAGAAGGGUUUUUUGGUUUUUUUGGUUUUUGCUUUUUAGGGUCACACCCAUGGCAUAUGGAAGUUCCCAGGCUAUGGGUCGUCAGAGCUGUAGUGCAUCUGAGCUAAGUCUGUGACCUAUACCGCAGCUCACAGCUUAACCCACUGAGCAAGGCCAGGGAUCAAACCCAAGUCCUCAUGGAUACUAGUCAGGUUCAUUACCACUGAGCCACAAUGGGCACUCUGAGGAAAGGUUUUUUUUUUUUUUUUUGUCUGAAGCUACACAUGAAUAAGUGACUGAACUGGCACGAGAUGCCCAGCACUCCCACAUGGGGAGACACCGGGGUCCUUUGGAAGCCUUUUGGGGACACACUGGAAUGGGACAGCUCAGGCACUCCCAAGAGGAAACGUGUAGAAAGAUGGCACAUCAAGACUCCAUGAAUCCUGGUUCUACACUUCCAAAUCAAGUGUCUAAAUAGGAUGGCAUACGUCAUAGGGAAAUAUCUCAGCCGCAGUCACUAACCUGAUAAGCUAGAGAGCAGGCGUUUGUUACACCACCAUUCAACAGUCUAGAAAUGCAUUUCCUACCAAUUACACAUUUGGUGUUGGGACUAGAGUGGUCUUAAAUCUUGGGAGAAGAUUUAAUUUUCUGUGCAUGUGUUCUGCUUCAGGUGUCACGUUUACAGUUACAAUACUUUUAUUGGAAUAUUUGGAACUCCUAAGAUGUUCAACUUUUGUAACACAGAGAAACACUGUUAAGAAGUCUUAUGAAAUUGAAAAGGGAACAUGCUGGCUUCUCAGAAUUUUAGACCUGUUUAUUAUGUCAUCUUUUUUGAUCACUUAAUAAUAAAUGUGGAAUGGAUCUGAAAGAGUAUUUAAAGCAAGUAGAGUCAAUCAGUGUUUUAAACAUCCUAGCAGUACCUCCCUGAUUCAGAGCUAGAACAUAUAAAUCAAAGCAACAAUGUGGAUUUUUGUAAACAAUAUUGUAACUUUCACAAAAACAGAUGGUCCAAUCCCAGGAGCAGAUGGUAGCUUGGGCAGCUCUGUGGGGAAAGAGCCACAGGUCAGUGGUUCCAGCUAUGACAACCCUCAGCAUUGAAAGCAGCGCAGGGAGAAGCACUGGGUUGGUCCCUGGGGCUGUGUGCAGAUACCUACCUCGCAGAGCUGGUUCCCAGGACUGACCGUUUGGUUCAAACUUUGUGAUUUAAGAGUUUGUCAAGCAGUUAUUCUUUUGAAUAAAAGCACCAUGUCUGAAAUCUGAAA